GGAGAGUCUGGCUACAGACUGCAGAGUGUGUGUGAGUGAGAGCAUCAAUAGAUCUGACCCGGAGGAGAGUGUGUGUGUAGCUUGUGUGGGAGACAGAAGGGAGAGCGGAACGCACGGGCACAACUUGGGAUAACUCACCUGGCAGGACAGAAACAUCUCUCUCGCUCCAUCUCUUCUGUCAUCUAUCUCUCUCCUUGCUAACGGAUUCAAGCGGUGUGAUAGACUACUGGUCUGGCUGGGGGGAAGGUGUUAAUGUGUGCCUAUAGGAUGUGCGCGUUCGGUGGGAUGUUGUGUCGCGUGGUGUCGGUGCUGUGGCUGGUCCUUUCCGUGGUCUUGGGGUUCAACCUGCAUGCGGAGCGCCCGGCCGUGUACGGAGGACCAGAGGGGAGCUACUUUGGUUACUCCGUGGACUUCUAUCGACCGACCCCCGAAAGCAGCACGUUGAGUGUGUUGGUGGGAGCGCCCAAGGCCAACACGUCCCAGCCAGGCAUCAUAGAGGGAGGAGCUGUCUACUACUGUCCCUAUCCCCCAAACCCUGACCCCACCAAGCUACCCUACAGCUGCACACAGAUACCUUUCGACAACGCCAAUAACAGGAUGAUUAAGGUUAAUGGCACCAGGGAGCCUCUGGAGUUCAAGUCUCACCAGUGGUUUGGAGCCUCAGUUAGAACUCACAAAGGCAAAGUGGUGGCCUGUGCUCCUCUCUACCACUGGCGUACUGUGAAGGUGAACGGUGAGAAGGACCCGGUAGGAACCUGCUAUGUUGCCGUGCAGAACUUCAGCGCCUACGCAGAAUACUCACCCUGUAGGACCAAUGAUCCAGACCCGGAGGGACAGGGUUUCUGCCAGGCCGGGUUCAGUGUGGACUUCACCAAGGAGGGGACACUGGUGGUGGGCGGACCUGGCAGCUUCUACUGGCAAGGUCAGGUGAUGACUGCAGGCGUAGCAGAGAUAUUGAAUGGUUACUCUCUGAAAGCCGUGCUCAGGAGAGUCCCUGGAGAGAAACACACACACGCUGCAGCUGAUACCCAUGACGACAGCUACCUAGGUUACUCUGUGGCAGUGGGGGAAUUCACAGGAGACUCAGAGCAAGAGCUGAUAGCUGGGGUUCCGAGAGGGGCACAGAACUUUGGAUAUGUAGCUGUGAUUAACUCCACUAAUCUGACAUUCAUCAUGAACUUCACAGGAGAGCAGAUGGCUUCCUACUUUGGCUAUUCUGUGGCUGUUACUGACCUCAAUGGAGAUGGGUAUGAUGAUGUACUGGUAGGAGCCCCUCUCUAUAUGGAGAGAGAGAGGGAGAGUAAGCCCAAGGAGGUGGGCCGUGUCUAUCUGUACCUCCAGCACUCCCCGCUCACCUUCUCCGAGCCCCUCCUCCUGACGGGAACACACACCUUCGGACGCUUUGGCACUGCCAUCGCCCCGCUAGGAGACCUCAACCAGGACGGAUACAACGACGUGGCAGUGGGUUGUCCGUUUGGAGGGGAGGACCGGAGUGGCCUGGUGUUGAUCUACAAUGGCCAGAGAGACCUGACGGCCCGCGGCCUAACCCUCAGCCAGGAGCUCUAUGGAGCCUGGGCCUCCAGUAGUGGCCUCUCCGGCUACGGCUUCACCCUGAGGGGGGACAGAGACCUGGACAACAACCAUUACCCUGAUCUGAUAGUGGGAGCAUUUGGUAAAGGGGAGGUGUCGGUGUACAGGGCUCGUCCUGUAGUAUCAGUGGAGGCUGAGAUGAUCCUGACUCCUAGAAUCAUAAACCCUGACGACCGAUCCUGCCUCCUGACAGAAUCUGAUACCAUGGUAACAUGUCUCAGGGUAGAUAUUUGUGCGAAGGUGAGCGGUGUGGGGAUCCCAGACUCUGUAGUCUUGAAUGCAGAGCUGCAACUGGAUUGGCUGAAAGGUGUGAGGGGCGGAGUAAAGAGAGUUCAUUUCCUGAAUUCCCAUCAGCCCCAGCACACAGGGUUCCUAACUCUUGGCCACAGCCGUCCACACUCCUGCCUGAACUACACUGUCUACCUACGAGAGGAGGAUGAGUUUAGGGAUAAAUUGACUCCCAUUUCAUUGGCUCUGAACUACAGUUUAGCCCCUCCUUCCAACCUGGAUCUCCCCCCUGUCCUCAACCGCUACAGCAGUACCUUCCUGCAAGAACAGGCGUAUAUUCUGCUGGACUGUGGGGAAGACAACGAGUGUAUUCCAGACCUCCAGCUGUCUGCAAGCAUGGACCGUACAGAGCUGGUGGUCGGGGAUGACAACCUGGUCAUGUUGACCAUAAACGCGGUUAACAACGGAGAGGGGGCAUAUGAGACGGAGCUACACACACUCCUACCCCCUGAGGCUGAUUACAUAGGAGUGGAACGCAGGAUAGAGUCUCUAUCCAGGUUGAACUGUGAGUACAGGAUGGUGAAUGACUCCAGACUGGUGGUGUGUGACCUGGGGAAUCCUAUGGUUGCUGGAACAGAAGUAUCUGUAGGUUUAAGGUUUGCUGUCCAAAGGCUGGAUGAUGCCGGUCCUCACAUUGACUUUGACCUACAGAUCCACAGUUCAAACGAAGACAACUCCAAGAGCAACCCAGUCAGCCUGUCUCUCUCCAUCUCUGCCAGAGCUCAGCUAGACCUGAGGGGGGUGUGUCAUCCCUCUCAGGUGGUUCUUCCGUUUCCUCACUGGGAGCCCAAAGAGAAGCCGGUCAAAGAGGAUGACGUAGGACCCCAGGUCACACACAUCUACGAGCUCCAUAACUCAGGUCCCAGUAGUAUCAGGGAGGCGGAGCUCCAGGUGGGCUGGCCCUCUCGUUUCCGUGACGAACACCUGCUCUACGCUCUGGAGGUUCUAACGGAAGGACCAAUCAGCUGCCGGAGCAACACCAGCCUCAACCCCCUGGGCCUACAGAUGUCCUCUGUCCAGGACACUCCAGAAUUGUUGGGCUUUCUGAGAAACAGUAGCUCUCCUCACCGCUACAGACGAGCCACCACCGCUGCCCAGCCCUACAGCAGCAAGACCCUGAACUGCAGUAACAUCAUUUGUCUAAGAGUUCUGUGUGUGGUCGGGCGGUUGGACCGUGGUCAGAGCGCUGUAGUCAAGAUCCGCUCCCGACUCUGGGCUCACACCUUCCUCCAGAGACGUAACGACCCAUACCUCCUCAACUCUACCGUGUCCUUCAGAGUGACGGCCCUGCCCUACCGCCUCCAGCCCUCCUCCUUACCCCAACACACCACUUCAAUGGGUACACUGGUGCUGUGGGGGACUCCUGAUGUGGCGUUUGCUGUUCCUCUGUGGGUCAUCAUAUUGGCCAUCCUACUGGGACUGCUGGUCCUGGCCAUGCUAACACUGGCCAUGUGGAAGUGUGGGUUCUUUGACCGGGCACGGCUGCCAGCGGAUGACGUGUCAGACCGUGAGCAGCUGACCUCUGACCAAUUAGCAGACGCCUAAGAAUGCCCACUCGCGCCAUGGAGACCAGUUCUUGAUUCGAGGAGGCUGUUUGGGAGGAGUUCCACCUCUUGAGUGAAAUUAAACUGAAAGGAGAUCUGCAGGCAGACUGCAAACUCACAGAUCAAAGGUUCUUUACCCCUUUUAAAGCUGAUCUGUCAUCAGUGAUUGGACUGCAAGCUCACAGGCCAAAGGCUGAAGUGCCAUUAAGACUUGUAUUCAAACAGCACCAGAGAGACUGGGAACAACCCACACAGAUGGAACUACACACAUUAACACUAUUUAAGCAAACACAAUGACUUGGAUGUAUAUGAGGCCUCAAGACAAGUAGAGUGGACUCUGGUUCUAACCCUGCUUGUAGUUUAAUAUGUUUCUAUGCACCGCUUGCCCCUGUGGGUUAGACUACUUGGGGAUCUGUAUGGUUGGAUAAUUCAGUUGGAGCUAACCAGCCUGGCUUACUUCAAAUGGAGUUACCAUCUGAUGUCAGUGACUUUGUGUCCGCCUGCUUUCACUGUUAAAUACAUUCCACCAUUGAUCAAAUGCACACACACACACACAAAUACAGCGCGCACACGCGAGCACACACACACAGGGGGCUGUAUAUAUAUCUAUGGAUGGUGUAUGUGCAAUAUUGGGACAUUCUGUGUGAUACUGAAGCUUGUUUACACUGGUAUUAUUUUAUUAGAGCUUGAUGUUCAAAUUCUUUGUGUAUAUUGUUUAGUUAGUAUACUAUUGUCUAUGUGAGUGUUUUUGUUGGCAUAUUAGUAUAUACAGUGCCUUCGGGAACUAUUCAGACCCCUUUACUUUUUUGAAACAAAAUUAUGUUACAGCCUAAUUCUAAAAUGGAUGAAAUCAUUAUUUUCACUCAUCAAGCUACACACAGUACCCCAUAAUGACAAAGCAAAAACAGGUUUAGACAUUUUUCCAAAUUUCUUAAAAAUAAAAAACUGACCUAUACAUUUACAUAAGUAUUCAGACCCUUAACUCAGUCUGAGGUCCUAAGCGCCCCGAAGCAGGUUUUCAUCAAGGAUCUCUCUCACUUUGCUCUGUUCAGCUUUCCCUCGAUCGCUGGGUCUGAAUACUUAUGUAAAUGUGAUUUUUUCAAAAUUAUUUGCAAAAAUGACUAAAAAUCUGUUUUCGUUUUGUCAUUAUGGGGUAUUGUGUAUAGAUUGAUGAGGGGUGAAAACAAUUGAAUACAUUUUUGAAUAAGUCUGUGACAUAACUAAAUGUGGAAAUAGUCAAGGGAUCUGAAUACCUUCCGAAUGCACUGUAAGUAUUGAAAGAGAGAAGUGUUUAUAAUGGGUCCAACUGUUUAAAAAGAGAACGUGGGACUGGGCUAAAUACAAAAGGAACUACAUUAACAUUAGCAUCCAAUGUGAGAGGUUUAGGCCUAGAUUCAAUCAGAACAAUUGUUAAUAGGCGCUAGCUGACACCCCAUAACUAGACGACAAACCCAGAAUGAUUCGAAACACAUUUAAAAAGAAAGGGAAAGUCAAUUAGUUACAUAUCAGAAAACACAACACCAAAGUAUACAACAUAAUAUUACUUCAAUACAAAGCAAAAAUGUAAUAGCCUAACAAUUUCAAGUGAUUAUGUAAUCUUCUAGGUCUAUAUAGCAGUAACCUCAAGGGCUGGCGGGGAGGCCAAGAGCACUAAUCUGGAGGAAGGUUAUCCUUUAGGCCUAUAUAGCAGUAAUCUCAAGGGCUAGCGGGGAGGCCAAGAGCACUAAUCUGGAGGAAGGUGAUCCUUUAGGCCUAUAUAGCAGUAAUCUCAAGGGCUGGCGGGGAGGCCAAGAGCACUAAUCUGGAGGAAGGUGAUCCUUUAGGCCUAUAUAGCAGUAACCUCAAGGGCUGGGAGUGGGGCCAAGAAUACUAAUCUGGAGGAAGGUGAUGCUAUAGGCCUAUGUAGCAGUAACCUCAAGGGCUGGAGGUGGGGCCAAGAGUACUAAUAGGAUAUCAUCAGGUCCCAGCUGGAAUAAAAUGAGUUGGUUGACUUUUUAAUGGUCUACUUAAUGUUGUCUCAUUUUAGGAACAGCAUCAAAUCUUUGAGCCAAAGAGAGGCUGAGGGAGGAUUGAUAUAUUUCCAAUCCAAUAGAAUUAUUCUGUGUGCCAACAGGGAGGCAAAGGCAAUGGCAUCUAGCUGUCUAUUGGUCAGGGAAGGAUUGUUGUUUGGUACUCCAAAAAUAGCCAAUUUCUGCACUAGGCUGCAACUCAAUAUCAAAUGCUUCAGAAAGGGUUUUAAAUAUAGUGGACCAGUAGUCUGCCAGACGGGGACAAAACCAGAUUAUGUGAGUCAAGUGCGCCAAGGAGCUUUUACACCGGUCACACGUACCAUCAAUAUUUGGGUAGAAUUUGGAGAGCCUGGCCUUACUGAAAUGGAUACAGUGAAGUAUAAGGCUGAGCCGGGCACAAGAGGAGCUUCCACUUACCCUAAGCAAGACUUCGUCCGAGGUCUCUCAGCCAAGUUCCUUUUCCCGCUCAGAUCUAAUUUUUUUUUUUAAGUGAUGGGUUAUCAAAGGACAUGAUUAUCUCAAAAAUAUCUACAUUUGGAAAUACCUAAAUACACUUGAAUGGGGUGGAUUGCCAAUUUUGAUGACCUCACUAUCAAAUGUAAAGGUGCCAUCAAUAUAAAGGUCAUUAAAGUUAGUAAGGCCAUUCCGCUGCCACAGGCUUCAAGCUGAAUCCAGUUUGGCUGGAAGGAAGAGGUGAUUAUUACAUAUAGGAACUUGAAUAGAGAAUUCACAGAAUUUAAACUGUUGACGGAAUUAAGGCCAAAUUUUAAGAGUAUUGACAACAAUUGGAUUGGAUGUGUAGCGCGAAGCUGAAAUAGUAAAAUUGAAGGUAACUAAAGCUGACAAAGAGGAAGAGAAAUAGGAGUUGAUUUCUGUUUGACACCAGUCAGUUUCUGGAGUGUGAAGCCAGUAAACAAUAUUUUGUAUAUUCGCUGCCCAGCAAUAAUGCAUAAAGUUAGGAAGGACUUGUGUGUUCUAUCUCUCUGGAGGAAUGCUUUAUGUAUUAUUGGACUCCCACCGCUCCCCCCAAAAAGAUAUAAGCUUAUCCACUAAAGUGAAAAAAGGCUUGGGUAGAAAAAUAGCUGAUGUUUGGCAGUGUCGGAGGUGUAACUGCAUUAGAGCAGUCAAAUCGGUGAGCAGCUGCUCUUGAUCACUGUCAUGAAGCCACACCUUCCCACUGGCGUUAGAAGUUCAGAACGAGAAAGUGUAGGCUAUAUAGAAAUAAUGACGCUCUAAUUGAAAAUCAUUCAACUAAAUAAUGAGGAUUUCUAUCAGCCUAAUCGAGGUGAAGAUUACAUCUCACAUUCUAGUGUUGGAACUUGUAAACAAGGCUACAUGGGAUUUCUCUUAAUGCGACGCUGUGCAGCCAAUGGAAAAUUCCGAUUUAGGUAUAAUGCCAGGAGCCCUUGUGGAUUUGACAGCUCUAACGCAGUUCACCUCCGACACCGCCAAAACAACCUCUAUGCAGAUGUCGGCUAAAGUGGAUCUGAGUGAAUAGAGAAAUAAGAGAGUAAGGUUCAAACUUAAUUUCUAUUCACUUUCCUUCUAGUAAUUCACAGUAUGUAAUAUGAAGGAUUCUCGUCACAAAUUUGAUUUGUGUUUUGUUUUUGUACUGAAGAAUACUGAAAGAUUAUUGAAAUAAAGUGCACUUAAUUGC